UGAGAUGCCAAGAAACCCAGUCCAGCAUGCCCAGUGCCCAGCACACAGUCUCUCCAAAGUUUCCAUUACCGGCAGUAAACAAGACCACAAAAGGGAAGGCAUUUGACGGACAUCGUCGUCGCACAGACCAGGUCAAUCAGAUUUCUAUCUAUUCAUUCUGCUUGGGUAUUUUGUCAAUGAACGCGUUCUUGAUUGACUAAUCUCAUCGAUUGUAUACAAUAUAUUGAUAAUGGAUCGAGAAGAACAAGAAGACGCUAGCAGAAAUGCCGACAAUGGCAAUAGUGAGCGACCAACAAGACGAGACGCUCGACGUCGAGGCCCCCGAGUUCCACGCUAUACGGGACCCCGUCCUGGUACCAAUAAUUCGAAUUCACCUAAUAGGAGUCUAAGUCCGCAACAACAGACACAGGAGGAACAUCAGCAGGAGCAGCAGCAGCAACAACAACAAGAAUCGGUAGCACCACUGCCACAGCCAACAACACGAGCCGAAAGAGAACAAGAGAAAGCCAGUGCUACCUCUUCCUCCAUUAAUGCGAGAGAUCAGCGUCAACGAAGCCAACGUAUACCCGAAAAUGUUCCGAGAGAUACCCCAAGAGAUACCCCUGAUACCCCUGCACCUAAUGGUAGUGAAGAGGGUAGCAGGUCAUUAUCUACCGGUAACAGUGACCUUCCCCAACCACCACCACAACCAAGUCGUCGUCGAUCCAGUGCUAGUACUAGUACUGAUACCCCUACGCCUAAUGCUAAUGGCUCAGGGACCACAGCUGAAGGAUCUAGACGACGAACUUCAAACAAGCCCAGAAGAGCCACAAUGGAACCACCCAUGACAACAACAACCAGCAAUCACAGCUUGGGCGGAUCGGGUAGCAUGCCCUUUGACAUUAGUGAUCAUUCCACAUCCUCCAGGAGGCACCCUCCACCGUCACCACGAUCUCCCUUUCGUGCCACGGCUCCUGCCGGUGGCGGUAUUUUCACCAUUGAUCAAAUGAUGGAAUUGGGAUUCGAUGCCCCCGCUCCCUUACCACUUCCGGCGGCACGACCUCCACCACCACCUGCUGUGCCCGGAGCGUUUCGAGGAGCCGGCCCAGGCGUCGAUCAACAACCCGAACCCAUACGCCCACUCUACAAGGGAGGAAUCCAUGUGUUGGGGCGAGAGAGUACCAAUACUAAUAAGCGCGACGAUAGUGACCAUAGUCAUGGCAUGGGCAUGUCACGACGAGAAUCAUCCCUCUAUUUCGAUAAUGAACCCCGCCGACCACCCCCGAGACCCUCGUUUCCACGACGACAGACCGAACCGCACAUGACACAACGACAACGAGACGAACAACAAGAAUGCCCGCCACUGCAAACUUCUAGAACAAGCACAACAAGAACCGCAAUAGAACCACCCGAUGUGGAAGAAGCACGGCCGGCACAACGGCCUACACCCAUCCUUCCAGAUACGAGUACGCCCGUCCUGGUUCCCAGCAUUCGCGAUGUCUUUGUGGAUCAUCAGGAACAUCAUGAGCAGGCACCACACGACAACAACAAUCACGCCAACCCGGACAAGAGUGACAAUACCAAAUCAGUCUGGAUCAUUUCGGCCGUAGUUUGUGUCAUUUUGGUGAUUGUCAUUGGCGUUGCGGCAGGGGUUUCAUCCAACAACCAUAACGAUGAUGGCAGUUCCAGCAACGCAACCGAUGCUUCCUCUGGAUUUUAUGCUGUUUCUCUCGACCAAAUGUUUCCACUAGACUCAACAUCACUCCCCAACCACACACGACAAGCCAUUCUAUCUGAAAACGAACAAUCCCCUCAGGUUCAGGCGUUUCAGUGGCUGUCCCAAGAUGAAAACUGGGACAAGUACGGCAUGCCCCAACGACAGCAACGAUUUGCAUUGGCCACCUUGUACUAUGCCACGGGAGGACCCAAAUGGUUUGAUCAUGUGCUUGACGACAACAACAACAAACCAAGCCCUUGGCUGGAUUACUCCACCCACGAAUGUUCCUGGUACGAUUUGCCCAACUUUCAUGGUCGACAAAAAUGUUUCAAUUACACCACUGCCACUGCAGCAGACACAAUGGCCAACCCGUGGGAUGCUCAUUUCGACUAUCAGUCCAUAUUGUUGAGUGCCGACCCAAGGCUCAUUACAACUAACAACAAUCGUGUACGAGCAAGGGCUCGAGGGACUCUUGUUCCAGAACUGGCACUCUUGACCAAUCUACAAGAGUUAGACAUGGAUUAUCAAAACUUGAAAGGGACCAUUCCGAAUGAGUUGACGCAGCUCUCCAAUACACUCCAGUUCAUAUACUUCACCAAGUGCUUCUUUACGGGGACGAUUCCGGCAGACUUAUUUGUUUCCUCGCGGUCCUUGUUUCUCAGUCACAAUUAUCGCCUGAACGCAUCCAUUCCGACAACCAUUGGCAAUCCAUCGUCGCGCAUGUCGCAUUUGCUCUUGACCGAAGCGAAUCUACAGGGAACGAUUCCUUCAGAAAUUGGGUUGGCCACAGGGCUGCAGGAACUCUUGUUGAAUGGCAAUGAUUUGCAGGGAACGAUUCCGAGUGAAGUAGGGCGGCUGUCCAGACUCAAAGUGCUGGACUUUACCGAUAACGAGCUCUCGGGCACGAUACCUUCGGAGAUUGGACAAGCAAGGCAACUGCAAGACCUCAAGUUGGGGGCCAACUUUGACAUGGCCGGAACUCUGCCGACAAGCCUUGCCCUCCUCUCCGAUCUUCGAGUUCUGGACGUCUACAAGAACUCCAUCGAAGGAUCUCUACAGCCAGAACUCUUCUUUGCGACAAACACAAAAAACGACAACAAUAGCACUACGACUACAUCCACAGCAAUGGCUGCCUCUUGGCCCAGACUGCAUACAUUGAUGUUGACUGAGAAUGGGCUCUCCGGUCCUCUUCCUUCGGAGAUUGGCCUUCUAGGUGGAUCCUUGACUGAUCUUUUUUUGGCCAGGAAUAGGUUUGACUCACAGCUGCCUACAGAGCUUGGAUUGCUGUCGGGCUUGGUGUGCUUGAGCAUUGCACAAAACCACUUUUCUGGCCAAUUCCCCCCUGUAGCAAUGGGUGCUGGUUUGAUUACGGAUGUCGAUGCUGACCUGUCAUCUUCAUCAGAAUUGCGUGUGAGCUUUGAUGAACAUUGCGGGCCACAUUAAUAAUGAGUCGAGUCAUUGCACGAAACGAACGGAGUUCCUUCGUGAUCACGGGCACGUAUCGUACGAUACGGGUGGGGAUAAUCGUGUGGGCCGCUUUAGUAUUUGUUUAGGAUUUCUUCCAUGCUCCUAUUCGUAUUUUUUUUAAGCUGUAGCAGUAAAAACUCUCAAAGUAGAUUCAAAAGUAAAUGGGUUGCUUGUUAUUUAU